GCCGGUUGCAAAGCCGUGAUCGUGAAAUCCUUCGACGAUGGCACACGUGACCGCCCCCAUGGGCACUGUUUGGUUGCUGGGAUAAAGAAGUACCCGAGCAAGGUCAUCCGCAAGGACUCCGCCAAGAAAACAGAGAAGAAGUCGCGCUUGAAGUGCUUCGUGAAGAUCGUAAAUUAUCAGCACCUGAUGCCCACGCGCUACACCCAGGACGUGGACUUGAAAGACGUGGUUACCGGCGAUGCGCUUCAGACCAAGGACAAGAAGGUGGCCGCAUGUAAGGCCACGAAGGCGCGGUUUCAAGAGAGGUUCAAGACUGGAAAGAACAGGUGGUUCUUUACCAAGCUUAGGUUUUGAG